AAUGCUUUAUUCUUACUUCUGGCAGCUGCAAGAAUAUCUUUGAUUGUCCAGAAUUUGAGUAUAGCGGUGUGUGCAGCGGCGGUUUACUUUGUUAUAAUUUACAAGUCUGAGAUAGAGACACAAUGGCCGGAUUAUGGACUACAGACUCUGUGUUACGCUGGCAUCAUCCUGAUUGCCGUGAUAGCCCAGUUAGCCAGUACUGGCAACACCAUAGCUGUAGAGAAAGACUGGAUAGCAGAAAUUUGUGGAACAGACAAAGAUCUCCUUGCAACUACAAGCGCCAUACUAAAGAGCAUAGAUCUGAUCACGAAUAUUGUAGCGCCUAUUGCUACCGGCCAGAUCAUGACAUAUGCAUCUACCGAGAUCGGCGCCAUCUUUAUUGGCGGCUGGAACGUCAUUUCCGUUUUCGUGGAGUACUACUUACUGUGGAAGGUCUACACUGUCGUUCCCGCACUCCGGGCAGUGAAAGAUAAAUGUGUCGUGGAUAAAGAUAUAGAGAAUCAGGAAUCUGGGAAAUGUGCCUCUUGUAUGAAAGGUUUGUUGGGAAGUUUCUUGACGUUGAUCCGCGGCUGGAAGACAUUCAUGAAGUACGAGGUGGCUUUUGCUGGUCUUGGGCUAGCGUCCCUGUAUAUGACAGUUCUUGGUUUUGACAACAUUACUGUUGGUUUUGCGUAUACACAAGGGAUAAACGAAUCCAUUAUGGGUGGUUUAAUGGCCGCCGGUGCUUUGGUAGGAAUCUUGGGUACCAUCAUUUAUCCACGCAUGCGCAAAUGCAUAGGACAACAAAGAACGGGUCUUUUUGGACUGACUUCCCAGCUGGCUUUCCUGACGUUAUGCGUUGCUUCCGUUUGGGCUAAGGGGUCACCGUUUGACCUUAAUUAUGCAAGUAAGGCAAGUGAGAGUGAUGACGUAUUGGACACAAAUUCGACGGCAUUUCCGCCUCUUUUCAAUAGCACUUCCAUACCACCUUUGUUCAACAAUACCACUCCUGUACCAUUUAACGACACAUCAUUGUCCGAAAGCGAGACUUGGGAAGAUUACAUAUCAGUCGGCCUACUUAUGACAGGAAUUAUCGGAGCCAGAUGCGGCUUAUGGAUAGCUGAUUUGACAAUCACUCAGCUGUUUCUAGAGGCUUCGUGGGAACAAGAAGUGGAACGUGUUCGUGUUAAAAUUCACUAA